GGUCAAAGUUUUGUUCAUAGUGUGCUCUGCACGAUCAGCCUUCAUCAUGGCUUUCAAUGCGCUGUGUAUUUGGAAAGGGCUCCUUUUAGUUUCUUUGCUCUUCCUUUCUGUCCAUGGACAAGCCUCAGGGCCGUCUUUCAUGGUGACGUUUCCUGCAAUGAUCGAGUCGGGAUCUGAAGCUAAACUGUGUGCAAGUCUUCUCAAGCCCAAUGAAAGCCUUGUCAUGAACAUUUAUCUGGUUCAUGGUGAUCAGAGCACUUUACUGCUGCAGGAGAAAGCUGAGGAAGAGUUUCACCGCUGCUUUAACAUUCAGACACCUCUGGUAGAAGCAGAAUCAGUGCAGACAAUGAAGGUGGAACUUCAGGGGAAGAACUUCAAGAUGACUGAAGAGAGAAAAGUCAUGCUCAGACGUUACAACCAUUUGACUUUCAUCCAGACUGAUAAACCCAUCUAUAUUCCAGGACAGACAGUGAAUUUCAGAGUUGUCACCAUGGAUAGAAAUUUUGUACCCUUUGAUCAGAAGUACAGUACAGUCGUGCUGGAGGACAAUCAGAAUAACAGGAUUGGUCAGUGGAAAAAUAUUUCCUCAACAAGGUGGAUAUUGCAGCUUUCUCAUGAGUUGAACCCAGAGGCCCGUCAAGGCAUUUAUAAACUGAUGGCUUAUAUUGGUGAACGGGCGAUCACACAUUAUUUUGAGGUGAAGAAGUAUGUUUUACCCAAGUUUGAAAUUACCAUGAAAGCUCCAAAAGAAAUAACUUUUGGUGAUAGUGAUAUGAAUAUGGAGGUUUGUGGAAAAUACACAUUUGGUAAACCAGUGGCUGGUAAAGCAAGAGUGGAAGUUUGUCGGGAACAUUUGCGAUACAUUUCUCAAACAGACUUGAUUUCACCAUGUUUGGUUGAAACUACUGAGAUGAGUGCGAUGGGCUGUGCCUCCUUUACUUUGGACACAUUAGCCUUUUUUAACUCUACAAAUGACAGAUUUCUAAAAGAACAUCUUACUGUAAAAGUGAAUGUAACAGAAGAAGGAACAGAAAACACCAUGGAGAAAUCUGAAACUAUAAGUCUGACAUAUGAAAUUGGUAAAGCUAUGUUUACUGAGCUACCCAAAAUAUAUGAGCAUGGGUCAAUUAUACAGGGAAAAAUCAAAAUUGCUCAUUUAAAUGGAGCACCUCUUCAAAACAAAGACGUUUAUCUUUUGGAGGGUAAAAGGUGGUCCUCAAAACUGAUCUUAAAUCUCACUACAGACAGUGAUGGACUGGCCAGCUUCUCUCUUAAUACAUCUAGUCUUUCUGAAAGUGAUAUUAAUCUAAUGGCAAGUGCAUAUCCAGAGUUUCAUUAUCAAAGCUUUAAAAAGCCUUACUUCUCUACAGAAGAAAAAACCAUUCGGCUUCUCCUACCCGUCUCUAUGGAUAGAAAACCAGUUAAGCUUUUCCAGCCUGCCACUCCAUACACCCCAACAUUAAGUGAACUGAUUAUAGAGAAUAUUGAGCAACCAUUAAAGUGUGAUGCUGAGUUUACAGUGACCAUCAAGUAUUAUUUUGUUGGAGAGACUGUUCAAGACUUCAAAACUGACAUUGUCUAUAUAGUCGUGUCCAGAGGAGUGAUCGUUCAUCAUGGAUAUGAGAAGGUUGAAGUGAAGUCUUCUAAUGGAGCAGCAAGUGGCACAGUGUCGUUCAAACUGUCUGUUGGUGGAGAUCUGGCUCCUGCAGUGCAGAUUCUGACCUACUGUGUUCUGCCCAGUGAAAAUGUUGUUGCUGGUAGCAGAGAUUUCAUGACUGAGAAGUGUUUAAAAAACGAGGUUUCUCUGCAGUUUUCUCCUGCUAAAGCAGUUCCUGGUGAGAAAAACACUCUCCAGCUCUCAGCUCAGCCUGGUUCACUGUGCGGCCUCAGUGCUGUAGAUCAGAGCGUCCUGAUCCUGAAGCCAGGAGAACGUCUGGAUACUGACAAGAUCUUUAACCUGCUGCCAGUACGGUCAGUUUCAGGUUAUCCUUAUAAUGCCAUGGAUACACCAGAGUGCCUGGAAGUUAGACCUCGUCGUGCUGUGUCACUAGACCGUGUUUAUGACAGCUUGAAGAAUGUGGGAUUGAAGAUGGCAACAAAUUUGCAUGUGAGACAACCCCUUUGUCUGACAUACUAUGGUGUAACUUAUCACAGAGGUUUUCACUUAGGGAGGAAGUUUUCUGAAAAUCGAGGAUCUGCUCAACCACCUGUGGAGACAGUUCGUACCUUUUUCCCAGAAACAUGGAUUUGGCAGCUCACUGAAGUGGGGGACUCUGGAUCAGCUCAGGUUCCUGUCACAGUUCCUGACACCAUCACCUCUUGGGACACGGAGGCCUUCUGUCUGUCCUCCAAAGGUCUGGGUCUGGCUCCUCCUGCUCAGCUGACAGUUUUCCAGCCCUUCUUCCUGGAGCUCUCUCUGCCUUACUCCAUCAUCCGUGGGGAGAUCUUUGAGCUGAAGGCCACUGUCUUCAACUAUCUGUCCAAGUGCAUCAUGGUUAAAGUGACUCCAGCUCCUUCCUCAGACUACACUCUCAAAGCCUCCUCUGAUGAUCAGUAUUCAUCCUGUCUGUGUGCUAAUGGAAGAAAAACCUUUAAAUGGAUCCUCACUCCUUCUGUUCUCGGAGUCUUGAAUAUUACAGUCAGUGCAGAGGCAGAGGCGUCCCAGACUGUGUGUGACAAUGAGAUUGUGAGCGUGCCAGAGAGAGGACGCAUUGACACAGUCACACGAAGUCUGCUUGUACAGGCUGAAGGAACUGAGAAGACAGAGACCUACAGCUGGUUACUGUGUCCAAAGGGCAACAGUCUCUCAGAGGAAGUGGAUCUGACUCUUCCUAAAGAUGUGAUAGAGGGAUCAGCCAGAUCCACGGUUUCAGUCAUUGGUAACAUUUACAUACACAAGCAGAAAUAAGUAAAUUAGUAUGGAAAUUAGUACAUAAAUAUUUACAUUCUGCAGUACCUGGAAAACACAGAGCAGCUCACCUCAGCUAUCCGAGAGAGAGCCACCCGCUUCCUUAAGAGCGGAUAUCAGAGACAACUGAACUACAGGCAUAACAGUGGUGCAUACAGCACAUUUGGACAUGGAAAAGAGAAUACAUGGUUGACUGCCUUUGUCCUGAGGUCUUUUGGCAAAGCACAGAAAUACAUAUUUAUUGAUCCACAAAUUAUUCAGAGUGCAAAGAAAUGGUUAAUAAGCAGACGGGAUUCAGAUGGCUGUUUUAUCCAACAAGGAAGAUUGUUUAACAACAGAAUGAAGGGUGGGGUGAAUGAUAAUGUGACCAUGACUGCCUACAUUACUGCAUCACUGCUUGAACUGGAAACUCCAGUCACAGAUCCUAUCGUCACUAAAGGUUUGUCCUGCUUGAGGUCCGUCAUUAAGGAUGUCAAAAACACUUACACCACUGCUCUGCUCGCCUACACUUUCAGUCUGGCUAAAGACACGGACACUCGACAGCAGCUUUUCAAGAAACUGGAGGAAACUGCUAUUUCAGAUGGGUCUCAUCUCCACUGGUCUCAGUCUGCAUCUGCUGAUGACUCUGAUUCUCUGGCAGUGGAGAUCAGCUCAUAUGUGCUGCUAGCUGCUCUCACUGCAGAUUCACUCACUUCAGCUGAUCUGGGCUUUGCUAACAGGAUUGUCAGCUGGCUUGUGAAGCAGCAGAAUGCCUAUGGAGGAUUCUCCUCCACACAGGACACAGUGGUGGCUCUUCAGGCUCUGUCUUUGUACGCCACCAAAGUGUUCAGCUCUGACGGCUCCAGCACAGUGACUGUACAGUCAGCAGGAGACACUCACCACUUUGAUGUCAAUCAGGACAACAAGUUACUGUACCAGGAGAAACAGCUGCAGAACGUUCCAGCCAAAUACAGCAUUGAAGCGAAGGGCUCAGCCUGUGUGUCUGUGCAGGUGGCUCAGUUCUACAACAUCCCCACUCCUACUGAAGUUAAAACAUUGAGCAUUGAUGCUAAGAUUGAGGGAGAUUGCAAAACAUUGGGACAAAAUUUCAUCUUGAGCUUCACUGUCAAAUAUGAUGGUCGACAGGAAAGGACUAACAUGGUCAUUGUGGAUAUUAAACUCCUAUCUGGAUUCACAGCUGAUACAUCAAUGCUUGGAACUUCUGGAACGUACGCAUCACUUGUGGAGCGGGUCGAUGCUAAAGAUGAUCAUGUCAUUUUGUAUUUGAAGGAGAUCCCCAAAAAUAUUCAGAAGAAUUAUCAGAUACAAAUGAAACAGGUUCUUCCAGUGAAGAAUCUCAAGCCAGCCGUGGUCAAGGUGUAUGAUUACUACCAAACAAGUGAUCAGUCAGAGAGCGAAUACGCCUUCCACUGUUAAUGAAGAUGCAGAACUGAAGCAUGUCACUUCAUAGUUAAUUGAAUAUAGAUGUUUGACUGCUCAAAUGUUUAAUAUUAUAAUGUAUAAUUAUUAUCAUUGGCAAAUUUAUUUACAAUCCAUCAACCCAAAUUUGUACAAACCCCUAUUGUAAAUCUGAGUUUUUGGUCUCUUGAAAACCAGAUCACAAACCCAAUGAUUAAU